CCAUCGAUCUAUUUUACGCUCUGCCUGUUCUUCUUCAGGGUCACUUCUCAAAGGCUCAACGAUCUUCUUCACUGUUCGCAAGCUAAGCUCCUCAGUUUCUCCAUGGCUGCUUCUGCCUCUUCCACUUUCAAGAAGAUCCAAAUUCAGAGGGAGGGCACUGAAUUUGAUGCUUAUAUUGUGGGGAGAGAUGAUGCCCCUGGAAUUGUUGUGCUUCAAGAAUGGUGGGGAGUGGAUUAUGAAGUCAAGAACCAUGCUGUAAAGAUCUCUGAGCUUGGUUCUGGUUUCAAAGCACUUAUUCCCGAUUUGUAUCGAGGUAAGGUUGGGUUAGAUGUGGCUGAGGCGCAACAUCUGAUGGAUGGCCUUGAUUGGCAAGGUGCUGUGAAGGAUAUACAUGCUUCAGUCAACUGGCUCAAGGCUAAUGGUUCCAAGAAGGUUGGUGUCACUGGAUACUGUAUGGGAGGUGCUCUCUCCAUUGCAAGUGCUGUGUUGAUCCCUGAGGUUGAUGCCGUUGUUUCAUUCUAUGGAGUCCCUUCACCAGAGCUUGCAGACCCUGCCCAUACUAAGGCACCCGUUCAAGCUCACUUCGGCGAGCUCGAUUCCUUUGUCGGCUUCUCUGACUUGACGGCUGCCAAGAAACUGGAGGAAAAGCUAAAAGAAUCAGGAGUUCCUCAUGAGGUGCAUAUCUAUAAAGGAAGUGGACAUGCUUUCAUGAACCGAUCCGAAGAAGGUGUGAAGAGGAGGAAGAACAUGGGAAUGCUCGAUGAGGACGAUAACGCAGUCGAACUGGCAUGGUCUCGCUUCCAGUCAUGGAUGUCGCGAUACCUCUCAGCUUAAACUGGUUCGUUUUCGGUUCGAUUCGCCCUUUUAUCUUAAUUAGCUUCCUAGUUCAUGGCUCAUUACACAAGCUUGUUUGCAUUCCUGGGCACUGUUUGUUAAACUGGAAUCCAACUUCUGAAUUGUGUUGCUUUGUGGAGUAUGCUUGUUGAAAAGUUCAUGAAUAGAACAAUAUGGUCUCUGUAUGUGUUUGAAAUAUGAACUCCUGUGGGUAUUAUCAUUUA